GCAUCUCGUACCUUUCCUGCAAUUCAACAUUUGCAAUCAUCUUCAUCAAUUUAUAUCAUCAAUACAUCUUUUUUGUUGACCAAAAUGACAGCUGACAACGCGGAAAGACCUGGCCAGCGCGGCGAUGAUUACUCUUGUGACCUUGGCCAUGCAGUUCAAACAAACACCACUGCAGACUUCUUCGCUGCCAUUGCCCUCGGACAAGAAAGCCUAGUCAGAAACUUCAUCGAACAAUAUCCUAAGAUUUCUGACGCGCCAAAUGAGCAUGGCGAGACACCUCUCAUAGCUGCUGUUCGCGCUGAUAAGCCCGUCAUUGUCAGAGAUCUCUUAUGGGACGGAGCAAAAGUGAACGCCUUUGCAAACUACUUUCAACAAGGUCAAAGUAGCCCAGACUCGCGGACUGCCCUCCAGGUUGCAGCUGCAGAGGGCAAGCUUCAUAUGAUUCGCAUCUUGCGCGAGAACCGUGCCGACGUCUUUCUUAAUGCUCCAGAUGACGUCAAUGCUCUUCAGUUGGCCGCCGGCAAUGGGCAUCAAAGUGUCGUGGAACAUAUUCAGAAAGCAUAUGCCGGUGCUAUUGGCAGGCCGCGUGUUGCUCCAGGUGGCUCAACUCCUGAUGACCGGGCAAACACACCAGAUAUUCCUCCAGUGGAUCGUCAAGAACCAGUCAAACAUGUUUCAGCUCAGUGUUUCCAGACACGCAAGGAAAAGAAUUUAGACUGCAUCACCUGGGCUAUCCCAAAGUUUAUUCUUGACAAAACUCCGCCAACUGUCAUCUCCGCAAUCACAAAUGUUAUUGUGGAUAAGCCCAAAGAGACUCGGCUACUUCGCAAGAAUGUGAAGUCGUGGUGCCAAGAGCAGAUCCGAGACUUUCCUGCUCGUGUUCAGAAAGGAAGAGAUCUCGUUGAUCGCGGAGCCAAAGAGGCACUUGGGCUCGUUACGAAGACACCAGAAGGGACUUUGCAGCUCAUGAAGCGCGCACCCAAUGCUCUAUGGACAAUCAUGUUGUACAUUGGGACAAUGCUUCGUAAACUUGGCAUAGUAGCUCCUUAUCUUUUGGAACAGAUGACAGCCAUUGUUCAAGCCAUUGCCAAAGCCAUAGCAAGCAUUCGGGCUGCUACCCUUUAUAGCAUCAAAACUGUCUUGAGCACCAUUCAUUCAGUUUUUAUAGAGAUUCCAAAAAGGCUUGUGGCGCUUGUAGCUCAACUGAAGCAAACAAGCUGUGCGAUGCUGCAAACUAGAAUGGGUUCAUUGAACAAGGUUAUCAUGAUCUUUGCCGCCUUGGCACUUGGGAUUUGCAUAAUAUUCUCCAAACGGGCUUGGGGGCUGCUGCGGGCGCCUGGAAAACUCGCAAAGAAAGGGGUGCAAGAGAUGAUGGGUCUGAGGGUCCAAAAAUAAUGUAAAAUGACAUGGAGAAGGAAUUAAUGGAUGAUUCAAGUUGGAUGCCGAUUGAGUCGAAAGAUUCCCAUCCAAGCAUCAAACACAAAGCCUGGGAAAGGGAGGUUGAGCCGCAAGGCUCCCUUCUCAGUACCGGCUAAGUGUUUGGAAACGAUGGUUGAGCCUCCGGGUUCCCAUCAGCUUAGAAGAGGAGGAAGCGGGAGAGUAGGGUUUUUGUUUUGUUUUGUAUUUUCUUGGAGUUUGAGGGACUUGCUCUCGAUGGUUCGUUUUAAUGUUUGGUAUUUCUUGGCUCAAAAAAGUAAUUUAGCAUAGAUUCGUUUGUUCUUUUCUUUCUUUCUCAUAGAAUAGUUUUUUUUUUUUUUAACUUUCUUUAAUUUAUCAUCAUCAUCCAAAUCAUCCAACAUGGUAAAUCUAGUGAUCAUCCGAAGGCUUUUAACAAGUGCCAUGAUCGCAUAUUAUGAGUGAAGUGCAACAGCCUCGGUCUGCGACGGCUCCUGACGGCUACGGGCGGGCUAUUUGACGGCGUUUAUUCGUCUUCUCAGCAAUCAGUCAGACCGUUUACAAAUCCUUAUAAGCUCCUCAUUCGUGGCUUAUUAUUAGCGUAAUCGAGAGCGGGAUGCGCCCCUCCGAUCUCGUCUGCUUCAAGUAGAUUUCUGACCGGGAUUGUAUCUGACGAACUGCCGCGUUUCUGCGUCUAUGUGAUAACAAAG